CAACACAAGUGUUAGUCAUAAGAAGGACAAUCGCUCAUUCCUAUACACCUGGGCACCAUUCUGCCUUGCGCAAAGACUUACCAGCUUUCUCGUCAUCACUUAUUUACAACCACAAAUCACACACAAUGGAUUCUCAAUCAUUCGAUUACUGGAUGGCACAGGGCAACUACAUUGCUCCAACACACCAGCCAGCAGUAUUUGAAAUGCCUCCAGAUCUUUCCAAAGUUCCGAGUCUAAGCGGAUCGCCUGUCUCGUCUACAUACGACCAAUUUCCGGCACCUAUUCAUCAAGCUUACUACCCUCACAUCGUCGACGAGCCUAUGCAAUUUGGAUCAUAUCCCAUGCCAAUGACACCCUCCGAUUUCGGGUCCGAUCACGACAGUCCAUACUGCAGUCCUCGACCACUUCAGCACGCUGAAUCUACUUUCGGGACUAUGCCUACGCCCGCGCCAGCCGAACGAACACACACUACCUCAGGGCGCCGAAGGGCUCAAAAUCGUGCCGCUCAACGUGCGUUCCGAGAGCGGAAAGAGAAGCACGCCCGAGAUCUUGAAGCGCAACUCGCGGUCUUGAACGACAAAUACACUAAGCUCGAAGUAUCGCAUACGGAGCUUAAUGCGGCCUACGAGAAGCUUCGAAAGACCAUCGAGCUUCUUACACAGGACGACGAUGCAGAGGGCGAGGAUGAGGAGGGUACUGUUACCCGCAGGCGAGGCAGCAAUUCGGAUACCCUCCGUAAGCUUCUCGAUAUACUACAUGGGGAAUUCAAGGGUACGGUACCCGUGAAGACAGAGACGUCUUAGCAUUCCAUUGGCUGAAGAUGCUCGGGUAACGGAUUUCCUUCUUUUCAACUUCGCUUCUUGUCUAUACCCAUAUUGCUUUUGCGUUCAAGCCAGCGUUCACUGGGCAUUAGCCUACAGGUGUCUUUCAGCUACAUUUACUUU